AUGGCGAUAGCGGCACGAUCGUUCACGCCUUUGCGUCUACACGACCACCACCAUCACAAUCACCACGACCACGACGACGCAACGAGCAGAAGAGAAGGCGAUGGAACCGGUUUCGUAAUCGCUACGACAAGAGGAGACGGUGUGAUGGACGGUAUCAUCGUCAACGGCGUCAACGCACGCCGUUUGUCAUUCGUUGACUGUUGCUGUAUAGCGCACAAACUAGCAAAGGCCUCACGCGGCCGUAAAAUGAAAAGUCCUGGCGUGUUGGCGGACGGUGGCACGGCGCCACUGAAACGCGGCGCCAGCCAGACGCCAUCGCCGGCCCCCUUGAAGACGUCACGAAUAGAGCCAGACCCAACAGUGUUCCGCAAUGGUAUCAUUGGAAUUGCAAAGUCUGACUCGUCUGCCACAUGUACGCCCAGCUUACCGCUUGGUGUCGUGACGCCACCGGGCACAGUGAACCAAACACCGCACACACCAUUGUCAGCGGAUUCGAAACCACAUACGACAUCUGCUGAAUCCUGGGCCUUCAAUUGA